CGCCUCAGUGCGAGCUCCGGCGGCGCCGAGAGUGGAACGGCAGGCAGCGCGCUCCGCAGGCUCCGUGCGCUCUCCCCGCGCUCCGCCUUUCAGCAUGAAAGCUUUCAGCCCCGUGAGGUCCGUGCGGAAGAACGGCCUUUCGGAGCACAACCUGGGCAUCUCCCGCAGCAAGACCCCGGUGGACGACCCCAUGAGCCUGCUGUACAACAUGAACGACUGCUACUCCAAGCUGAAGGAGCUGGUGCCCAGCAUCCCGCAGAACAAGAAGGUCAGCAAGAUGGAAAUCCUGCAGCACGUCAUCGACUACAUCCUGGACCUGCAGAUCGCGUUGGACUCGCACCCGUCCAUCGUCAGCCUCCACCACCAGCGGCCGGGGCAGAACGCCGCCUCCCGGACCCCGCUGACCACGCUCAACACAGACAUCAGCAUCCUCUCCCUACAGGCAGCCGAGUUCCCUUCAGAACUAAUGGCAAGUGACAGCAAAGCGCUCUGUGGCUGAAUCGCACGGUGUUCCACUGAGGAGGUUUUUCUUUCUUUCUUUUUUUUUUUUUUUUUUGCACAAGAAUACGUCUACAGGAUCUUUUUUUUUUCUUGAGGUGCUGAAUUUUUCAGCUGUAUCUGAAGGGGAGAAACCCACGCUAACUAAACUAAAAGGACCUUUAAAAGUGAAUAAAGAAGAAAACAAAUCAAGAUUGAUCUUUAUCCCCCACCCCAUUCUUCAAGUUGGACUGAACCUAGUUAUUUAUGAAGAGACUCUUAAAUACCCUUUCCCUAGUUGGAAGGCUUCCUUUAUAUACUAUUCCCAACAUGGGGAGCGAAACAAAAUCACACGCGGAGUUGCCCAUUUUAAAGCAGACUUUGCCUUUUUUUCCAAAGGUGGAGCGUGAGUACCAGAAGGAUCCGGUGUUCAGUUUUUUAGGAGAGUCUGGGGUCAGAAAUUGCCUUUCUGACCCAAACCUAGGACUGAAUGCUGUGUAUAUAUUUAUAUAUAAAUAUAUAUAUAUAUGAGUGAACCCUUGUGAACUCUUUAAUUAGAGUUUUCUUGUAUAGUGGCAGAAAUUGACGUUUCUGCAAAAAGUGUAAUGAUGUACUUAAUCAUGCUAAACUUUUUAUAAAAGUUUAGUUGUAAACUUAACCCCUUUUUAUACAAAAUAAAUCAAGUGUGUUUAUUGAA